UAUAUAUUUAUCAGAAGUAUGGGUUUUAUGGAGGUGAAAAAAGAAGAUGAAAAUACAGGAGAAACAGGAUAAACGAAAAGUAAAUGAUAAUGAAGAGUAUUUGGUGAAAAAGAAGAAUAAAAAAAGAGUGAAAAUUGGAGGAGAAAUAGAAAAAGAAGAGAUAAAAAAAAAAAUAAGAAAAAAAAAGGAAGAAAUAGAGGAAAUAGAAGAAGAUAAUGAAAGAAAUGUUUCAGAAGGAAGUGAGGAAGUUGAAGAGGAGGAUAAAAAUGUAAAAAAAGAAGAGAAUAAAGAAGAAGAGGAUAAGGAAGAUAUGGUUGAUUUUGGAGAAGCAAUGUCAAGAAUUGUGUCAUCAGAUGUGAAAAGUAUUUAUAAGGAAGAUCCUAUUUUGAGUAGUUGUAUAAUGGAGAUUUCAAAAAAAAUUGAGGAAAAAAAUGUAGAAAACAAGGCAAAAAUGUUAAUUUCAAUGGAAAAAAAGAAAGAACAAGAAAAAGGAAGAAUUAAGGAUAUUAUUCCAUUAAAUAAUGAUGAAGAAGUGUCUAAAAUUUUAAAUUAUGAAAAAUUUUUGCGAAAAACAGCACAAAAAGCAGUAAUUAAUUUAUUUAAUGCUAUAGGAGAGGCACAAGCCAAGGCUAAAAAAGUAUCUAAAGAUUUAAAAAAAAAAGGACUUACUAAUACAAUAAAAAGAGAAAAGGAAGUUGCAAAAAUGUCAAAACAAAAUUUUUUCGAUCUUAUUAAGAAUCCAAAGAAAAUAUAAUAUUGCGAAAAAAGAAUUUGUAUCUCAAUUCAUUCAUGACAA